GAGAGGCUGUUGAAGCUUCCGUACUCCUUAUUGGGAACCGCUGAUUUGUAGACCGAUUCGGCCACCGGCACCCCACGACGCACCAUGUUGCAGCGCACGGUGGUGGUGCUCAAGUCGCAGCACAAAAACGUGCUCCGCAAGAGUCGGCCGCACAUGCAGAAAUACAAGGAGCUCAACCGAUGGCAGCGGGAGGCGCAGGGCAUUAGCAAGUGGGAUCAGUCGCACUCCCACCGGCCGCAGCCGCACGUGGAGCGGUUCAACCCCGAAGGCGUCGGUCUCACUCGCGGCACCUCGGCCUUUGCGUGGAAGUGGUGGCACACACAGUACCCGUGGCUCCCGAACGUGGCACCGGCGGACUACGCGACUCCUGUUCCCCGCGGCAUCCGGCCGCCCGCCUGGGAUGCGGAGUUUGCCGACGUGGUGCUCAGCAUGGACAGUGAGGAGAUUCGCAGCUAUCUGGUGGACAAGCUGACGGAGGUCAUCUUUGCUGAAACGCAGCGCGACGGCUACGAACUGCGUCGCCUCGACUUCGAGGGCAAGCCGCUGACCGCCCUGCCAGAGCGCCGCAUUAUUGAGAGCUUUGUGUUUGAGGAGGAGACGCUGCGGGAGCGCGUACUGGACCAGGUGGUGGAGGGCAUCUUUCGUCUGGCACCUACCUCGGCCGACCGCCAGGAGCUGAAGAGCGUGGCGAACGUGAUUGAUUUCGUGCUCACCCACGUCACCUUGGCACGCGAGCCGGAGCGGUACGUGGUGACCGCUGCAGCCCGUGCCGUGAUGCGCUCGCACCCGUUGCAGCCGCAGCUGGGUUUCGCGCACGCACUUCCCACCGACAACCGCGACGCCAUUGUGCGGGAGUGGGAGCGCAGUCAUCAUUUGGAUUGGCAGUUCGGCCACGCCGUGUACGAGCCGCGAAACGAGGAGAAGGUGGAGGGCAACCUGACGUGGCUGCGCGAGGUUCGCCACAACGAGGCACGGGAAGCUUUCCAGGCGGACGUCGACUCCGGUGAGGCACGGCGACGGCACAUGGAAAAGAUCCAAGCCGCCGCUCGGGUGCAGGCAACGAGUCCAUCGGAGUGA